CUGUCCUUCCCACUUCCAGGGAAAAUUCCCGAAUUGCCGCCCUUACCUGGCCGCUUGAGCAUUACCAGCAGAGAGGGUACAUGCUCUGGGAAGGGAACAAGGGUCGACCAGAAGAGCUCUGUGUCCAGUCAAGUUCCAGUGAUCCCAGCGGUGUCUUCUGCCAGAAAGAUGGCUGUGCCUAGCAAAACCCAGGGCGAAGGCACUACCAAAAGCACAGCACCACCGAUGGGUCCAGCAACAAAAGCCCACAGGUGCAAAGAAGAACAAGGGGCGGUGAAGCCAGCGCUGACCAGUCAAGGUCAGCACAAACUUCCAGCCCAAGCCAAAGCACCAGGCACAGGUCGCACUCAUGGAGUGGAACCUCAGAGGUGCAUAGAAGAAAGAGGAGCAGUGAAGUCGGUGCUGACCAAUCAAGGUCAGCACAAACUUCCAGCCCAAGCGAAAGCACCGGGCACAGGUCGCACUCACAGAGUGGAACCUCAGAGGUGCAAAGAAGAAAGAGGAGCGGUGAAGCCGGUGCUGACCAGCCAGCUUCAGGGGAAACACACAGACAAAGCUCCAGCACAAGGGUCAGGUCGAGCUCAGGCAGUGGAAUCUCGAUGGUUCACAAAACAAGGAGCAGUGAAGCCGGCACUGACCAGCCCGUUUCAAGGCAAACUCAUCGCCACAGCAAAACCAUCAGAAAUGCGUCCAGCACAGGCGAUGAGAGCUCAGAGGUGCAAAGAGGAAGAAAGAGGAGCGGUGAAACCAGCACUGACCAGCCAGUUCCUGGGCAAAUACCCAGCCAGAGUCCCAGCACCAGAGGCAGGUCGAGCCCGGGCAGUGGCAUCUCAGAGCAUCAGAGAACGACGAGGAGCAGAGAAAAUCUGUGAUGGCACAGUGCUGGACACAGACAAAGAGAAGCUGAGCCGCCCUCACGGAGCCCAGGCUCCCAUGAUAAUACCCAAAAUAGUGAUUCAGUCACCAUCAAGCUCUGAGCACAGUCUGCCUGAGGAGCCCAUCUACGACACCAACUUUUUGAUGCCACCACCACGCUUCUGCAAGCGACGACGGGCGCGAAAGAGGUGCGUGAUUCCUAUCCGUAUCAUUCCGGGGUGCCAUCUCCCUGUACAAGGGCAGAGGUGGAGGAACAGCAGGGACUCUCCCAAGACCCCCUGCCUCUGACGGAUGGCAUGGCGACACUCCCUGGAGCCUUGGGCUGGUGCGUCACCAGAGGCGAGUUCCUACUUCUCCAGUGUCUCGCACUCUUCUGUUGACACACCCAAUGCCCCAGGGCCCACGAUUUGGCAGCAUCUGGAAGGCCCAGCUAAGCGUGAAGCUGCUCUGGGCCAGAGAGGAGACUUUCUUUCCAGCUCGUCGCUCCUCCACGUCCCUGGUGGGAAGAGAAGGGCUUUGGGGAUGGGGGCGGCAUCGCUCAGGAGCCAAACACUGCAGCUGGACACCUGCUAGGGAACGGGUAGAGAGAAGGAGUGAAAUGGCUGCCCUACCCUCAGCCUCCUGACCUAAAGCCUCCGAUGGGGUCUGUGUGUGUGUGGGCAAACUGCUCUCCGGAUCUGUGCUAUA